AUGAUUUUCAUCACACUCCCAGGCCAAUCGUCCCUCAGUUUUCCAAGCGUGCCAGGUUUUUUAGCCUUUUGCAUUUUGUUACCGGUGCACUGCAGCCGUCAGAGCAGCUACAGCUAUGCCCAAAUCCUCGCUGAGAGCAGUUCCGUGCCCAAAGUGAUCUAUGACGCCUUGCGCGAAGCGGGAGCACUGGUGCAGACGCACUUGGAAACCUUGCAGGAAGCCGAGCGCCUAGCGGAGCAGCGGCAAGCUGAUUCCAGCGCCAGGAUCGACGAGAAGACGCAGGCGAUGAAGGCGAUGCAGACGCAGAUGGACUUUGUCGCAACCAAGGCCAAGGCCACGCGCGAUCUGAUGCUCCAAGUGGAUACGGCGGCGGCAAAGCACUCCAAAGCAGGUGAAGAUCACCAGAAGUCCAUCACGGAGUUCGGCAAGGCGAGCGAUGCCUUGGAGGAAAUGGCCAAGAAGGUGACCCUCAAAGAGCAAAAACUUCGAGACAUCUUCGGUGACUACAAGAGAGAACUUGGAGACUUGAAGUCUCAAUGGGACAAGAUGAGUCAGGAGAGGGACCAAGCCGAGGCAGAGAUGAAGGAUCUGAAGACGCAGGCCAUGUCUGCGGGGAAGUUCAAGACUAGCGUGCAAGAGGAGCAGGCCAAAGUCGAAAGGGACAUGCAACUUGCACAACAGGAGCUCCAGGGGAUGCGCCGCGAGUUGGAGACCGCGGUGAGCGCCGCCACGGUGGCCGAGGCGCAGGAGGCGCAGGCGGUGAACGAGGCGCGCGAGGCCGACGGACGCGUGGAGGUGGCCAAGAAGACCAGAGCAUAUCUGAUGAAAAUCCGACGAGCUGUGCAAGCUUACUAUGGCAGCAUUGAUGAGCUCGAAAGCGCGGUAGAUGGCAAGGCAAAUGUGGAGCUUAAGGAGGUUCCCGAAGCCAAGAUGGUCUUGGAAAAGUACAACUUGAUGCUGAGCGCCUUUGGAGAUUUGCACGCCUAUGAUGCGGAGGUCUACGAGAAGGUCACGGCCGCCAAAGAGGAAGUGAAGAAUAAUGCCUUCGCACAGCUUCGCUUCAUCUGUGAUAUGCUGGGCAUUUCGACCUCGGAGGAAGGGCAUUGCCUGACCGGCCUUUGGAAGACUUUUGGCAUGGCCAAGUUGCAGUUCCCCGACGAAGAAGUGGAGAAAGCACCGGAAGCGCCGGAGGAGAUUGAAGACGUGAUCCCGGACGAGCCGUUGGAGGAACUGGAAGAAGAAGAAGACGACGACAUGGACAUAGAGACGCCCCAGGAACCGGAAGCAAAACACGACGCCAUGGACAUAGAGACGCCCCAGGAACUGGAAGCAAAACACGACGACAUGGAUAUAGAGACGCCCCAGGAACCGGAAGAAGAAGACGACGACAUGGACAUAGACACGCCCCAGGAACCGGAAGCAAGACACGACGCCAUGGACAUAGAGACGCCCCAGGAACUGGAAGCAAAACACGACGCCAUGGACAUAGAGACGCCCCAGGAACCGGAAGAAGAAGACGACGACAUGGACAUGGAGACGCCCCAGGAACCGGAAGAAGAAGACGACGACAUGGACAUAGAGACGCAUGGUUUUAAGGGUUGA